AGCUCCCCCGGCGCAGUGGACUGUGGGACAUCGUGCCAUAUUGACACACGAUAGAAAUGGACGCGGGGUUUUUCCGCGGCACCAGUGCGGAGCAGGAUAACCGCUUCAGCAACAAACACAAGAAGCUGUUGAAGCAACUGAAGUUUGCAGAAUGUCUGGAGAAGAAGGUGGAUAUGACCAAGGUCAACCUGGAAGUCGUGAAGCCCUGGAUAACCCAGCGAGUGACGGAGAUCCUUGGCUUUGAGGAUGAUGUCGUCAUCGAAUUUGUCUUCAACCAGCUGGAGGAAAAGAAUCCUGAUGGGAAGAUGAUGCAGAUUAAUUUGACCGGGUUUCUGAAUGGGAAGAAUGCUCGGGAGUUCAUGAAGGACCUCUGGCCGCUGUUACUAAGCGCCCAGGAGAACAUCGCUGGUAUCCCAUCUGCCUUCCUGGAGCAGAAGAAAGAGGAGAUCAAACAGAGACAGAUCGAACAGGAGAAACUUGCCUCUCUGAAAAAAAUAGAUGAAGAUAAAAGAGAGAAGGAGAGCAAAGAAAGAGCUCAGUCAAAAAGCCCUAAAAGGAGGAAGUCCCGCUCGCCUGUGAAGCGUGACCGUAAGUCCAGUCCCUCUCGAUCUCCUCGCCGAAAACCGAGCCCGGCUGCCUCGCCGCCUUCCAGUCCGCCCAAUCAUAAAGAAGAACCAAAGCAAGAACCGGACCAAUCAGAGAGCUCCAAACCAGAGCCGCUCGUUCAGGAGGCUUCCUCUACUAGUGAUCUUGUGGGUGACAUGAAGCCGGACUCCGUGUCUGAGGCUGUGAAAGAGUCAUCUCCAGAUAAAACAUCCAAAUCGGAAGACAGGCCCAAACCCAGAGACAGGGACAGAGAGAAGGAUGGACGUAGAGAUCGCCCACGUCACCGCUCUCGUUCACCUCGCUCUCGUAGACGACCUCGAUCCCGCUCUAGGUCGUUCUCUCCGCGUCGCAGAACUAGUCCCAGGAGGCGAAUCUCUCCAAGACGUAGGAGCCCUCCUAGACGGCAACCACCCUCUAGGCAUAGACGUAGCCGUUCACCUGUCCACAGACGGCGCUCUCGCUCCCGGUCCUCCUCUGGUAGUUCCUCCUCUCGGUCACCCCAUAAGAGAGCAGGGAAACGUGGGUCAGCUACCCCGCCCAGAAAACUUCCACGUCGCUCUGACCCCUCCAGCCCUGCCAGAAGACGAGGUCGUAGUCCUUCAGGACCAGACACCAGCCCUUCAGCUGUGAAGCACAGGCCUGGUGGAAGAAAUGACUCUCGCUCUCCUUCUCCUAAACCCAGGCGGUCUGAUGCAUCAGAGUCCGAGGAGGAGAAGGUGGGCAAAGGGUCAACAGCAGAUUCUGUCCAGCAGCGACGUCAGUAUCGCAGACAGAAUCAGCAGUCCUCUUCAGACUCGGGUUCAUCCUCUUCCUCUGAAGACGAAGGUCCGAGGAGACAGAAUAGGGGGGCAGGUACCAGGAACGGAGAAAUCAGAAGGCGGCGGAGCCAUUCACCUGCAUCGCCACGGAGAAGGCACAGAGAUGCAUCCCCAAGAAAGAGACGUUCUCCGUCACCUGCUGGCCGGAGACAUCGUUCACCUUCUCCUGUUCGCCGCCGUAGGUCACCCUCUCCUCCCCCAAGACGCAGAUCUCCAUCUCCACCUCACCGGCGCUUCACUCCCCCUAUACAGCGCAGAUACAGUCCCUCCCCUCCCCCAGCUCAAAAGAGACGCUCAUCAGGGUCUCCUCCCAAGCGCAGAAGGUCUCCCUCCCCUGUGUCCAAGCGUAGAGGGUCUCCUUCACCUUUGUCCAAAAGGAGAGAGUCUCCUUCACCUGUUUCAAAACGUAGAGGUUCUCCUUCACCUGUUUCAAAACGUAGAGGUUCUCCUUCCCCUGUUUCAAAACGCAGAGGGUCUCCAUCGCCCGUGUCCAAGCGUAGAGGGUCUCCUUCAUCUGUGUCCAAACGCAGAGCGUCUCCCUCACCUGUUGUGAAGCGCAGAGCAUCUCCCUCACCCAUUGCUAAGCAUAGAGGGUCUCCUUCACCUGUGUCCAAACGCAGAGCAUCUCCCUCGCCUGUUGCUAAACGCAGAGGAUCUCCCUCAGCCGUGGCCAAGCGUAGAGGGUCGCCUUCUCCUGUGGCCAAUCGUCGCCCCUCUCGAUCCCCGAAACGGAGUCGUGGCAGUAGUCCAGGAAAAAGACGUACUCCUCCCUCUUCUGCUUCACCCCCACCCCGCCACCGUAGAAGUCCCCCUGCAGCCCAAGGCAGAGGCAGAGAUACUCGUUCUUCUCCCCACAGCACUCGAGUGUCUUCCAGUCCUCCGGCCCGAUACGGCCCCUCUGGUUCAUCCCCACAGAGACAAAGACGUCAGACGUCCCCGUCUCAUAGCACCAGACCCAUUCGCAGGGUCUCCCGCACACCAGAGCCAAGCAAAUCUCAGAGAGGUUCUCAGAGCCCCCAGCCAGUAAGGAGGCAGGUUUCACAUUCACCAUCUGCUUCUCCUCCUCCUGCUCCAACGGCUCACAAGCGGCCUGCUUCUGUCUCACCUUCUCGCUCUGCUAGCCGUUCUCCACCUCCACCUGCCAAAAAGAACAGCAGCAUCUCCCCGAGCCCAUCACCUAACAAGAACUCAGAUGCAGAAGGUAGUAAGAAGAAGAAAAAGAAGAAAGAAAAGAAACACAAGAAAGAGAAGAAACACAAGAAGCAUAAGAAACAGAAAAAGGAGAAGAGUGGAGAAGAAAAGAGUGGAGGGGCGGCAGGAGGACACGGACAGGAAGCAGAGCCAGAUUCUGAUCAGAAAAAGGAAUCAGAGAGUGAAGUAGAAGACAGUUUGGAUGAUCUGGAGAAGCAACUACGUGAGAAAGCUCUCCGCUCAAUGAGGAAGGCCCAGAUGUCCCCAUCAUCUCAGUCCUGAGGAAAUAUCCAUCACACCCCACAUUUCCCUCUUUCUCUUCCACUCUCUGCAUUUUAAAUGUUUGAUGUUGGUUCAGCUUUAGAAUGUACAAAUUGUUAAAAUUCACCCUAGACUUUUGUUUGUUUGGAUUUUUUUGGCAUGCUUAUUGCUGAGGAGUUUUAUUAUGUGGAAAUGAUUGAGCAGCUGAAAUUUCUUCAUCAGAUUCUGCCCUCCUUUCCCCCCUUAAAUACUGUCAACAACUUUAUUCGAAAAACAAACCCCUUUUUUAUUCCCCGACCCCCUGCGUUGCUUUUAUGGUCAUGAUGAAACAAUUUGAAAAGCAUAUUUACAGUUAAUAAUGCACAAGUUAGCCUAUGAAUUCUCUCUUUACUUCAGCAGGACUUUUUACGAGAGUUUUGUUUGCGUGGACAGCAGACUCCAGCCUGUUUGUCCUCUUGUGUGCAUGAUCCAUAAACCAAAACACCCAGAGAGCUGAUCCAGCAGGCUGCUCUCUGUUUACCUGAGCAUUGUGGCAGUGCUUGAGGUCUACUGUGCACAUGAGAACAAAUCAGUGAAGUCUGUUUUCAUCCUUUAUUUUUUGCUUUAUAUUUUUUGUAACCUAAGUUGUGUUUGAAAUUGUUGAUCCCUGCAGUAAUUUCUGGCUUUGAACAAAGUCACAUUAAAAUGAAAAAAAUA